AUGCCGGCCAGAGACCAUCGUGACCACCGCCCUCUUGCGGCUGCCGCUGGGAGUUCUAGACAGAGUCUGAGCUCAGGCAUCUCCAAGCCAUCGUAUGAGUUCCUGCCGCACAGAUUGGCCUCGGCCAAAGGGAGGGCCAUUAUCAGGACGACGUCUCGCCAUCGCCAGAUUCAAAUCUGGUGGGAAAGGGAACAGCGAAGGUCUGCUCCCGCAACGCUGCCAGACAGGCCGGGUGCCGAGAAUGAGUCUUCGCCUAGUUCACGAGACUAUCUAGAGAAUGCGCACCGUGAAUGCCUGCCAGGCGCCCGAAUCAUCAUUGCUCGACCGCCCAGUGUCCGCCACGAGGAGGUAGUGUUCUCCCCGCUGCUCAGACCCGCUGAGUUUAUCAGCCAGACCCCCGACGGCCGCAGCAUACUAGGCGUGCUGCAACGCAUCGAAGACGUCUUUUUCAGCAUCCGCGUUCCCUUCCUUGCGGUCCCGUCGGAUUUACAGGCACCUAUCAAGAGGGAUGAGCUGCGAUGCAUCCUGUCUUACAAUCCCGCCAGCGAUGAAUGCGAAUUCUUCUGCAACUCUCACGACGUGGCUAUAAUAGGUGAGCGCUCCAGCAAGAGCUAUCUUGUCGGAAAGGGCAGCAUCCAAAAUAUUGAACCCGGCAUGUGGACGAUUGCUGUCCCUGGAAACCCAGUGGUCUGGACUCCAAUGUCUCCGGGGGACAGCUUCAGUCAGCAUCGGCCGCUGGUGGAAUUUCUACUUUUGAAGCGGACGUAUUCAACUACCAUAACGCGGCCAGCAGCAGCAGAAGACCAGGCUCCUACCUUGUGUCCAGGAGGUUGUGGCAACAUGGUGGCUCGGUCAUCUACGACAACCCCCGUUGAGGGUACCGUUGCAGAGUUUAUCAUGGGAACAGUUGACCCGCGACCGCGAGAGAGAAACCUUUGGCCGGAGGGGCCGUUUUAUCAGCUUCAGGAUGGAGAGACUGCCCACGUCAUGACAAGCCCGGCGGGGAGCAGCAGCGCUGAGAUUGAGCAGGGCUAUUCCGGGACGGCAGAAGCAUACAAGGUAACUCGCUUGCAAAAGAUUGGCAAGAACACCAACUCGAGCGUUUUCGCCUGCAUACAUAGCAAGCUCCCGCACACCACCCUCGUCGCCAAAGCGCUCAAUGUCCGACCAAAGACUCGCAACUGGAUUGGUUCUCUCGCAAGGCACUGGCUGAACGAGAUGGAAAUCUUGAGGACGUUGAACCACAAAAACAUUGUCAGAAUCCUCGAGUGGGAUGCCCGGUUCUACACCGUGUACCUGGAGCAUCUGCCCGGCUCUCUCGCGCACUACCCGCGAAACGAGCCCGGCUUCACCCGCGACGACGCCGCGCGGAUCCUGGUCGACGUCUCCUCGGCGCUCGCGUACCUCGAGGAGCAGGGCGUGAGCCACAACGACAUCAAGUCGCGCAACAUUUCCUACGCGCCGACGCACGGCGCCACGGUGCUCGACUUUGGCCUCGCCACGACCACCCGCGACGCGGUGCCGCGCAGCGCGGGCGGCACGUCGUGGUACGUGCCGCCCGAGGCCAUCGACGGCGCGCGGUCCAUCGGCGGCAACGUGUGGGCGCUCGGCAUCACGAUGCUCUUCGUGCUGGGCGUCAUCGACGCGCCCGAGGUGUACGGCCGCCAGUGGGACUUUGCCGACAUGCGCGACCCGGACGGGCGCGCGCGCGUCGCCAUGGAGCGGUGGAUGGAGGAGGUCUGCGAAAAGGUCGACGACGAGCUCGACAGGGAGGACCCGCUGCAGCUCGUGGUCGCGUGGAUGCUGGAGCAGGACCCCGAGCACCGGCUGACGGCAAAGGAGGUUGUGGCGGAGCUGGAAAAGUACGGGAUAGGGGAGUCUUGA